AUGAUCCCGGAAAUUUACUUACGCCUGCGCAUCGCAUCGAGAAGUUUGAUUGAUGAGCGAGCAAAAUCAAGCAUUGUUAAACCCGAAAAUGGCUACAGUAUUGACUUCAAAGUAUUCGUUGAGGAUUUGGAUUCAAAGGAUACGACACAUGAAAUUCACGUUCAGGCGAAAUGCGCUGAUUUCGUUCCAAAACAUUUGUACGUUAACGGGAUUAAAUUUUCUUAUGGCUCAAAAUGA